AUUGGAAUUUUUAGUUACUGAAUAAAUAUAUAUAAUUGCUGGCGUUUCUUGUGUCAAUUCUCAAUAAAUUCGUUGCAAAAUGGCGCGUGCAGUUUUAUGCAUGGUCGUCGCUUGCAUUUAUUUGCAAUGCGUUUACUCUGCCAAAUUUGAUGCAGAGAAUCGACGUCUAAUUCUCGAUAUUAACGAUCAAAAGACAACGAAUCAACAAUAUUAUUCCUCAAACUUUGACACAAACGCCUAUCGUUAUGGCUACGAUGUGGGCAAGACCGGAAACUUCCAUCACGAGACGCGUGGUCCCGAUGGCGUCACCUAUGGCUGCUAUGGCCUAAUCGAUCCCUAUCAUCUGCUCCGUGCCACACACUAUGUGGCCGAUGUGCACGGCUAUCGGACGGUGGAGCCGGAAAAGCCCGUGGAAACUUUCCCGCCGGAUCGGUACAAUGAGACGCAAGGCGGACCGUCCGAGCCAGGCAUAUUGCUGCCGUGGGAUCAACUCCAUUUCCCCGAAGGCUGUGGCAAGUUCGAGGGCGGUGCCGUUCAUGAUAUACCCUACUUUUUGGUGGAUGAUAACAAGAACAAGAACAAGAACGUUGGCACUUCGGGUUCCACACACUUUGCCGCAAACAUACCCGUGCUCAAGGGUGAGGCCCAGAAGAGUCUACCCAUACACAAGCCGGGCGUACAGGGACCCAAGGGUCUAUUCGAUACCGAUAAGGGACACAUCCAUGAUCAGGCGCAUCCCGGCGAUCAGGCGCCCUCCUUCCAUUCGGUUGCAGCCCUUCGACCUGGCGAUAGCAAUAAUGGACAGUAUACGCCAGAUCCGAAUCCCUAUAAGCAUGUUGUUGGCUCCGAGGGAGGUUUCGGUGGAUUUGGAAACAAUAAUGGACCAAUUGGUCCAAACGGUGGAUUUGGUCCUAAUGGCGCAGCCAAUGGACCCAACGGUGGUUUUGGUCCCAAUGGCGGAUUUGGACCAAAUGGCGGUUUCGGACCAGCGGGUUCACCCGGCCCCAAUGGCCCUGCUGGACCCAAGGGACCAGCUGGACCCAAGGGACCUCCUGGACCUCCCGGACCAGUCGGCGCGGGAGGCGGAGCCUCAGGAAAACCGGUAUAUAGGGAUGGCGAUAGCACUGGCAGCGGUGCUGGUGGCAAUAUUGGACGUGGCGAUAACUACGGACCAGGUGGUGGUGCUGGUGUCGGUGGUGGUGAUCGCUAUGGCACUGGUAACGGUGCCGGCCCUGGUGCUGGCGGUGCCUAUGGUCCCGGUCAAGGCUCCGGCCCUGGUACCGGUGGUGCUUACCGUCCUGGUCAAGGCUCUGGCCCUGGUACCGGUGGUGCCUAUGGUCCUGGUCAAGGCUCUGGCCCUGGUGCUGGCGGUGCCUAUGGUCCUGGUCAAGGCUCUGGCCCUGGUACCGGUGGCGCCUAUGGUCCUGGUCAAGGUUCCGGCUUUGGCGGCGGUAAUGCCAACGGCCCUGGACCUCUAGGCGGUGGUGACGCCUAUCGUCCUGGCAGUGGUGGCAAUACCGGCAACGGUGAUGCCUAUCAUCCAGGCGGUGGUGAUGCCAACCGUCCGGGUCAUGGUGGUAAUGUCGCUACCGGUGUCGGUGGUCGUCCAGGCAGCGGCUUUGGCGAUCAUCAUCAGCCCGAUCACAGUGGCGCCUACUCGGGCAGCUAUACGCACAGCAGUACCGGUUUUCCUGGGGCCAUCGAUUACACAUCAGGAAACGGUAAGAAUAGGGGUAACUCUGAUAGCGGACGUUAUGGCGGUGUUGGCAAUGGAAGGUACUAUCAUGAUGAUUCUGGUAAAUAUGUUCAUAUUGAAGGCCCCACUGGACCUCCAGCUCCCCCAUAUGUGCACAUAAUCGGACCCGAGGGCGGCUAUGGAGGUGAGGGCGGCAAUGGAGAUGGCGGCGGUACCGGAGGUUUUGGACCCAACGGACCCGGAGGCCCGAAGGGACCCGGCGGACCAGGCGGACCAAAGGGACCCAAUGGACCACCCGGCCCUCCCGGACCACCAGGACCUCCCGGACCCAACGGACCCGAUCGUCCAGGACCUAAAGGACCUAAAGGACCACCAGGACCUCCCGGACCACCCGGCCCAGACCGUCCCGGACCAAAGGGACCUUACGGCCCACCCUGACCACCCGGCCCAACGCGUCCAGGCCCACCAGGACCACCUGGCCCAACACGUCCCGGCCCUCCAGGACCACCAGGCCCAACUCGUCCCGGCCCACCAGGACCUCCCGGCCCAA